AUGCAAACAAUCCAACAUGAACUCACGAUGAUAGACGACUGGUGCAAACGUUGGAGUUUAGAGCUCUGCACCGAGAAAUGCGGCUGGUUAUGUAUAGGAGACACGUCUUUUAAUGUGAAACGAAUACUUAACAACCACACACUGCCCAGACUGGCAUCAGUAAUUUAUACAGAG